UCCACGCCGCCGUCUUGCACCACGCCCCCCUCGCCGGAGCUCGCCGCGUCCGGUGGAGGGCCCUCGACGUCGUCCUCGACCUCGCCCCGCGCGCCCGGAGCCCGUGGUGGGCGGGAGACCCGUGCGUCGCUGCGGGCUGGUGCGCUCGGUCGCUCGCUUGUUCCUCGCUCGCCGCCGUUCACUGGGUUAAUGUGAGCUUGCUGAUAAAAUAUGGCUGAUAAUGGUAAUGCCAAGCCAGGUGGUGGGGGAUCUGGAGCUUAUACAAUCAACCUAGAUAAUUUCAGUAAGCGGCUGAAGGUGUUCUAUGGCCAUUGGAAAGAGCACAGUUCUGAUCUUUGGGGUUCUUCUGAUGCUAUUGCAAUUGCUACUCCACCACCAUCUGAAGAUCUUCGGUAUUUGAAGUCCUCAGCUCUAGAUGUCUGGCUACUUGGAUAUGAAUUUCCGGAAACCAUAAUUGUCUUCAUGCACAAGCAAAUACAUUUCUUGUGCAGUCAAAAGAAAGCAAAUCUCAUUGGGACUCUCAAGAAGGCUGCAAAUGAUGCUGUUGGUGCUGAUAUUGUCUUGCAUGUGAAGGCCAAGAAUGAUGAUGGUGUUGGCUUAAUGGAGGACAUGGUGCGUGCUGUCUGUGCUCAGUCAAAAUCAGAUGACCCGAUUGUUGGUCACAUUGCGAAAGAGGCACCUGAGGGUAAGCUCCUUGAAGCAUGGGCAGAAAAAUUGUCUAGCUCAUCUCUUCAACUUACAGAUAUAACGAAUGGCUUCUCUGAGCUUUUUGCGGUGAAGGAUGCCUCAGAGAUCACAUGUGUGAAGAAGGCUGCUUACCUAACUUCAUCUGUAAUGAAAAAUUUUGUGGUUCCGAAGCUAGAGAAGGUGAUUGAUGAAGAGAGGAAAGUGACACACUCUUCAUUGAUGGAUGAUACAGAGAAGGCUAUACUUGAUCCUCUUAAGGUCAAGGUGAAGUUGAAGGCUGAAAAUGUUGACAUAUGUUAUCCUCCUGUAUUUCAAAGUGGAGGGAAGUUUGACCUCAAGCCAGGCGCCUCAAGCAAUGAUGAUUAUCUGUACUAUGAUUCUGCAAGUGUUAUCAUCUGUGCAAUAGGGGCCAGAUAUGGAAAUUAUUGCUCCAAUAUUGCCAGAACAUUUCUGAUAGAUGCCACUCCUACACAGAGCAAGGCGUAUGAAGCUCUUAUGAAAGCUCAGGAAGCUGCUGUAGAAGCAUUGAAGCCAGGGAAUCGGAUGAGUGCAGUUUAUCAGGCUGCAGUUGAAGCUAUUGAGAAGAAUGCCCCUGAACUACUUCCUAACCUAACGAAGUCCGCUGGUACAGGAAUUGGUCUUGAAUUCCGAGAAUCUGGCUUAAACUUGAAUCCCAAGAACGAUCGUAUCAUAAAAGAAGGAAUGGUUUUUAAUGUCUGCCUUGGUUUGCAUAAUCUUCAAGCAGAAACAAAGAGUGAGAAGACAAAGCAAUACUCUCUGUUGCUGGCUGAUACAUGUUUAGUGCCUUUGGAGAUCUUAACAGCAACAUGCUCCAAGCUUGUUAAGGAUGUUGCCUAUUCGUUUAAUGAUGAGGAUGAAGUUCUUCCUGUCACAAAGGCAGUAGUUAAUGCAAAGGAGGCAUUACCACCAACAAAGGCUACACUUCGAUCAGACAACCAGGAGAUGUCCAAGGAAGAGCUCCGGAGACAACACCAGGCUGAACUCGCUCGUCAAAAGAAUGAAGAGACUGCUAGAAGGCUUGCUGGAGUUGGUUCUGGUUCCGGUGAUGGGCGUGGCACCUCAAGGUCUUCAAAUGAGCUUGUUGCAUAUAAGAAUGUUAAUGAUGUUCCAUAUGCAAGGGAGUUGGUCAUACAAGUAGAUCAGAAGAACGAAGCUGUCCUGUUACCUAUUUAUGGCAGCAUGGUUCCUUUCCAUGUUUCCACUGUUAAGAGUGUAACGAGUCACCAGGACAACCGCACUUGCACUAUUCGCAUCUUCUUCAACGUACCUGGCAUGCCAUUCUCAAAUGAUAACAAUCUGAAGUCUCAGGGGGCUAUCUACUUGAAAGAGAUUACGUUCCGCUCAAAAGAUCCACGACAUAGCAGUGAAGUUGUUCAGCAGAUCAAAACAUUGAGGCGGCAAGUUGCUUCAAGGGAGUCAGAGAGAGCCGAAAGGGCCACCCUUGUUACUCAGGAGAAGCUCCAGCUGGCAAGCAACAGAAACAAGCCAGUUAGACUUUCUGAUGUGUGGAUACGACCUGCAUUUGGUGGACGUGGGCGGAAGCUUACAGGAACUCUUGAGUCCCAUGUCAAUGGUUUCAGAUAUUCUACUUCAAGGGCUGAUGAGCGUGUGGACAUUAUGUAUGGGAAUAUAAAACAUGCCUUCUUCCAGCCUGCAGAAAAAGAAAUGAUUACCCUACUUCAUUUCCAUCUGCACAAUCAUAUCAUGGUUGGUAACAAAAAGACAAAGGAUGUUCAAUUUUAUGUUGAGGUGAUGGAUGUUGUUCAGACACUUGGUGGGAAUAGGAGAUCAGCGCUUGAUCCUGAUGAAAUUGAAGAGGAACAGCGUGAGAGGGACCGAAAGAAUAGAAUAAACAUGGAUUUCCAAAACUUUGUGAAUAAGGUUAAUGAUAACUGGUCGCAGCCACAGUUCAAGGGGCUGGAUCUUGAGUUUGAUGUCCCUCUUAGAGAGCUUGGGUUCCAUGGGGUUCCAUACAAAGCUUCAGCUUUCAUCAUUCCAACUUCUACUUGUUUGGUUGAACUAAUUGAGACACCCUUCCUGGUGGUGACCCUUGGUGAGAUAGAGAUUGUUAAUUUGGAGAGGGUAGGCUUUGGAACAAAGAACUUUGACAUGGCUAUCGUGUUCAAGGAUUUCAAGAAGGAUGUUCUUCGCAUUGAUUCCAUUCCGUCAACAUCACUUGAUGCAAUAAAGGAGUGGCUUGACACUACUGAUCUCAAGUACUAUGAGAGCAGGCUGAACCUUAACUGGCGUCCUAUUCUGAAAACUAUCAUUGAUGAUCCUCAGAAAUUCAUAGAUGACGGUGGCUGGGAAUUCUUGAAUAUGGAGGCAAGUGAUUCAGAGUCGGAGGAAACAGGGGAAUCAGAUCAGGGUUACGAGCCUUCUGAUGCUGAGCCUGAGUCUGAGUCAGAAGAUGAUGAUUCUGACAGUGCGUCCCUGGUGGAAUCCGAUGAGGACGGGGAGGAUGAUUCUGAAGAAGACUCGGAGGAAGAGAAGGGUAAGACAUGGGAGGAGCUAGAACGGGAGGCAAGCAAUGCAGACAGGGAGAACGGUGCGGAGUCUGACAGUGAAGAAGAGAGGCGGCGGCGCAAGGUGAAGACCUUCAGCAAGUCCCGCCCUCCACCAGAACGCAGCAGCUUCAAAGGAGGACCUUCGAAGAAGCCCAAGUUCAGGUAAAUUGCGGCGCCCCUCGCCGGGGUUUGACUGCAUUCCUGAAUGCACACCCCUCUUGAGGGCGCAUGGUGUGCUUGCUUGUAGCAGAAGCGCUCAUGGCUGUUCCUCUAGAUCAUCACGAUACUUUGUUUCCGUAGUAGCUUUACUAGUAACAGUUAGAUGAAAGGGUGGUGGAACUUUGUUGGUGAGCUCCAUAGCUGAUGAAAUGAACCGUAAGACUUUUGCCAUCUAGUUGAUUCAUUAGUUGUACCCUCAUUGAUGUAAUGCCUUUUCCUUUUCUUUUCUGGUAGAUUGUUGACCUCCAGAAUGUAUAAUAUUUAUGUUGGUGGACCUAUAUUAAGCACACGUCAACGCUGCA